ACCGGUUCUAAGUGCGUGCGCGCAGGUCAGAAAGAAAAGGCGAGCGCGGCGCCCGCGUCCGUCAGUCUCACCAGGGUCGCCAGAGGGGUCGGACCGAAAUCUAGUCAUUAAAUUUAUAUCUUUUUUUCAAUCGUUUUGCAAACGAAAGGUCAACAUGAAAGUGUUCAUCGUAUUGGCGGCAGCCACCGCUUUAGCGAGUGCUCAAUUCAAAUGCCCCAACAAGGACGGACAGUACGAAGAUGACAGACAGUGCGACAAGUUCUACGAGUGCGUGGACGGCGUUGCCAGGGAGAAGCUUUGCCCCGACGGGCUUGUGUUCGACCCCCUCAUCAGGAAGAUCAACAAGUGCGACCAACCCUUCAAUGUAGACUGCGGCGACAGAACCGAACUACAACCCCCUAAGCCAAGCCAACAGUGCCCGCGCCGCAACGGUUUCUUCGCCCACCCUGACGCUGCCGUCUGCAACAUCUUCUACAACUGCAUCGAGGGUGAAGCCAUCGAGGUCAAGUGUACCGCUGGGCUCCACUUCGACGAGUACUCUGGCACAUGCGUGUGGCCCGAUGCGGCCGGCAGGCAGGGAUGCAACGUACAAGAUAAGAAACUGAAGGACGGCUUCGAGUGCCCCAAGGAGCAGCAAGUUGACGCGUCCGGCCAGAUCGUGGCCCACCCCAAGUUCGCCCACCCGAGCGACUGCCAGCGGUUCUACGUGUGCCUCAACGGCGUGGAGCCCCGCGACCUCGGAUGCCAAGUAGGAGAAGUCUACAACGAGGAGACGCAGAAGUGUGACGCCCCCGAAAACGUGCGAGGCUGCGAGGACUGGUACAAGGACUCCGAAGACGCGCCGGCUCCCAAAGCGAGAUCCUAAGCAGCUUUAGUGAUACAUUAAAUGUAGUGUACUCAUAAGACUUGAUAAGUUAAAUACAUUAAGUUAAACAAUGAA